UGGUCACCUGCACGUUAAAAUGUUCUCUAAAUAUUUUGUUGCUCUGUUAUCACCUCAGUGUCUGGAAUAAUAGCUAGUAUAACUAUAUUUGGCCAGCUGUCAAUAAUAAGGGUAGUUUAAGAAGGGUUUGGUUAUGGUAUGUGUGGUUUCAUUUUUUUUCUAUGUGUACCUUGACUAUCAUCUACAUAUGGAAGGUCAGAUCUGGUUCUUGCCACGCUCCCUUCAGUUUAGCAGUUUCCAGGCUUACAAGCUGAGGGUGACUCACCUGUACCAGCUGAAGCAGCACAGCAUCUUGGCUUCUGUUGGUGAAGAUGAAGAAGGCAUUAACCCGCUGGUAAAUCAAAAUGACAAAGAGGACAUGAGCCCAUCUUGUUUGCUUUUCUGAGGGAGAACAAUGUAUUGGGAUUAGUUUGGGAAAGUCUCAGGUGUAAAAAUAAUGUACUAAUUUCUAGCCCUAUGGACUUAAAAGGGACCAGGUUUUGGCCCCCCUUAAAACCAUAUCUAGUCACAUUCUGUCUGUGUUGUUUGCAGGUUAAAGUCUGGAACUUAGAGAAACGAGAUGGUGGGAAUCCUCUUUGCACAAGGAUUUUCCCAGCAAUACCGGGUAACAAACCUACAGUUGUCACCUGCCUAACUGUCCAUGAGAAUCUUAACUUCAUGGCUAUCGGUUUUGCAGAUGGAAGUGUUGUGCUUACAAAAGGUGACAUCACACGAGACCGACACAGUAAGACCCAGAUCUUGCAUGAAGGCAAUUACCCGGUCACUGGCCUUGCCUUCCGCCAGUCUGGGAAAAUCACCCACCUUUUUGUUGUCACCACGGAGAACAUCCAGUCCUAUAUGCUGUCAGUGAAGGAUUAUCCUCGCCUGGAGCUGGACACACAUGGUUGCGGUUUACGCUGCUCCACGCUCAGCGACCCCUCUCAGGACCUCCAGUUCAUUGUGGCAGGAAACGAAUGUGUGUAUCUGUACCAGCCAGAUGAGCGUGGCCCCUGCUUUGCCUUUGAGGGACAGAAGUUGAUCGUUCACUGGUAUCGGGGAUACCUCAUCAUUGUUUCCAAGGACCGGAAGAGCUCUCCAAAAUCAGAGUUUGCUGGGAGCGACCCACAGAACUCUGACAAGCAAAUCUUGAAUGUCUAUGAUCUGUGUAACAAGUUCAUCGCGUACAGCUCGGUCUUCGAUGAUGUGGUGGAUGUCUUAGCAGAGUGGGGGUCUCUCUACGUGCUGACUAGAGAUGGGAAGAUCCAUGCGCUUCAGGAGAAGGAUACUCAGACCAAACUUGAGGCAAGCCACCUUCUUAAUCUGUGUUUUAUGGCUUCAGAUUUGUAAAAGCUCCACAGAUUAGAGGUUGAGAAGCCAGCACUUUGGACAAGUGAGUUAUAUGUUGGCAGUAUCGUCGUUGCCUUGUUGCUCCCAGGAUAUUGGAGAGACAAGGUGAGUGAGGGACCAAUAGAAGAUGUGGCUUCCCUGACCUUGUCUGUAAGUGAGUUAUAUAGCAGAUGAGCUAACAGCUUCUCUGAACAACCCAGGCAUUGCAGACAACUUAGUAUCUUAUGCAAACCUGUAUAGGGCUUUGGACAGCAUUUGAGUGGAAGGAACAACUAGCCUUGCAGGCACUUAUGACAUUUACCUGAUGAGGAGCGUAGCAGGUGAAAUAUGGCACUGUCUAGAGCAGAGGGGUCAAAAACCUUCUUCCUUAUGUUGGAUUUAUUCUCAGAUGUGGCAGAAUCUAAGAUUUUAU